GAAUGGGACAUGGAAUAAGGCGACGGCCGCAGCAGCCCCAGCAGCCCCAGCCCCAGGCCCAGCAGCCCCCGCCACCCCCGCCGUCCCCAGAGGCUCCGCAGCAAUGAGGCCGACUGUCCCGAGGCACGGCCCGUAAGCGGAGCUCCAGCAGCCGCUCCCCCUUCGCGCGUCCUGCCGCAGCUAGAGGCAUGGAGAAGGCCGCCCCAGCGGGGCGCUGAUCCCCGCGCCGCGCCCACACGCACACGCCCCCCGCCGCCGCCGCCGCCUAGCGCCCCCCGCGCCGCCCUCCCCGCCUUGGCCCCACCAUGACCGGCUCUGCCGCAGACACUCACCGCUGCCCCCACCCCAAAGGCGCCAAAGGCACCCGGUCCCGGAGCAGCCACGCGCGGCCAGUGAGCCUCGCCACCAGCGGGGGCUCGGAGGAGGAGGACAAAGACGGCGGGGUGCUAUUUCACGUUAACAAGAGCGGCUUCCCCAUCGACAGUCACACCUGGGAGCGCAUGUGGAUGCACGUGGCCAAGGUGCACCCUAAGGGGGGAGAAAUGGUGGGCGCCAUCAGGAACGCUGCCUUCUUGGCAAAGCCUUCAAUACCCCAGGUUCCAAACUACAGACUGUCAAUGACGAUCCCAGACUGGCUGCAGGCAAUCCAGAACUACAUGAAGACACUACAAUACAAUCAUACAGGGACCCAGUUCUUUGAAAUUAGGAAAAUGAGACCGCUGAGUGGGUUAAUGGAAACAGCAAAAGAAAUGACUCGAGAGUCCUUGCCCAUUAAAUGCCUUGAAGCUGUCAUCCUGGGCAUAUACUUAACCAAUGGACAGCCUUCCAUCGAGCGGUUCCCCAUCAGCUUUAAAACCUACUUCUCAGGAAACUGCUUUCACCACGUCGUGCUGGGGAUUUACUGCAAUGGCCGCUAUGGCUCUCUGGGCAUGAGCCGAAGGGCUGAGCUGAUGGACAAGCCGCUGACUUUUCGGACUCUGAGUGACCUCAUCUUUGACUUUGAAGACUCCUACAAGAAGUACCUGCACACAGUCAAGAAGGUCAAGAUUGGGCUGUAUGUCCCCCAUGAGCCUCAUAGCUUCCAGCCCAUCGAGUGGAAACAACUGGUCCUCAAUGUCUCAAAAAUGUUGAGGGCUGACAUAAGGAAGGAGCUGGAGAAAUAUGCCAGGGACAUGAGAAUGAAGAUCCUGAAACCUGCAAGUGCCCACUCUCCAACCCAAGUGAGAAGCCGGGGAAAAUCUCUGUCCCCCCGAAGGAGACAGGCAAGCCCCCCAAGACGGCUCGGCAGGCGAGACAAGUCGCCUGCGCUGCCUGAGAAGAAGGUGGCUGAUCUCAGCACUCUGAAUGAAGUGGGCUAUCAAAUCCGAAUCUAGGCCAGCCGCGCAGCCAGCAACCGGGCUUCCAUGGUGCUUCUCUCUGCACUUUACCCAGCGUCUUCAGGAGGA